AGCUGCACUCUCUCUCUCUACAGCUUCCCAUCGCCGCCGCCGCCGCCGCUGCUGUUGCCAUGGCCGGAAUCGACAUCUCCGCCGCGACUUUCGCUUUAGUCAAGCUACCAUCAUCUCUCAUUUCAUCACCGCAGCAAAAGCUCGCGUCUCCCCUGGCACAAGGCCUCAGCUCCCCAUGCAUGCGCCACCGCCGCGCGCUCUCCUGCUCUUCUCGGACCAAACCGCUCCUCGCGGUUUCUGGAGGAACAUCCGUCGCCGCUGUCAAUUCGCCGUCCGAGAAAAGGACCGGAAGCCGAAUUGCAGUUAUUGACAAUUACGACAGCUUUACUUACAAUCUCUGCCAGUAUAUGGGAGAGCUUGGCUGCGAGUUCGAGGUUUACCGGAACGACGAAAUCAACGUGGACGAGCUGAGGAGGAAAAACCCCAGAGGUAUACUGAUAUCGCCUGGCCCUGGUGCUCCUCAAGAUUCAGGAAUCUCCCUGCAGACAGUGCUGGAGUUUGGACCUAGUGUGCCUCUGUUUGGAGUUUGCAUGGGACUGCAGUGCAUUGGUGAAGCUUUUGGAGGGAAAAUCGUGAGAUCCCCUAAUGGGGUUAUGCAUGGAAAAACUUCCCCUGUGUACUACAGCAAGGGUGGAGAACAUAAUCUGUUUGAAGGUUUACCAAACCCAUUUGUUGCUUGUAGAUACCAUAGCCUUGUAAUAGAGAAGGAAAGCUUUCCAGGCGAUGCCCUGGAGGCGACUGCAUGGACAGAAGACGGACUAAUAAUGGGCGUUCGUCACAGAGAACACAAGCAUCUGCAGGGAGUCCAAUUCCACCCAGAAAGCAUCAUCACCGAUCAGGGCAAAACUAUCGUCCAAAAUUUUGUCAAAAUGAUCGAGAGCAUGGAAGCUGAAGCUGCUGCUGCUGCACAAGUCGAGUAGGUUCUGACAGAGACAAUCUCCUCAAUGUAGUUACUAUAUAGUAGUACAUUAUUAUUUAUUACUACUAUUAUUGCGUGGGUAUGGUUCAAAACAAAAUAAAAAAGUAGCCCAACUGAAUCCCUGAAUCGUCGUUGUCCAUUGAUUUGGGCUAACUCUCCCUUUCCCCUACAAGGUUUGCUGUUUUUUAUUCUCUCUUCCUUGCUGCUGCUAAUCCAUCUCUCUCCCUCUCUCUCUCUCUCUCUAUAUAUAUAUAUCAUAUUCACAUUUGG